CUCAGAGCUGAUUGGGCGCUCAGGUUGGCGCGUGAACGCCCUGCGAUUAUGUCAGAUCGCGUGCAGAGCGAACCAGCCCAGCCUUUGAACUUCACCGCUUUUGGCUCUCAUUCACGCGCUUCUCCUCAUUUCCCAGCCAGGUGCUUCACGGGGCGAGAAUCCUCCGAGAAAAAAAAAAAAGCACGCAAACAGAUCGCGGAAACUUCGCUUGCCGCGCUGGAUUUUGUCGCGCGUGUGGCUUUUCUUCUCUCAGCCGAAUAGUGUCGUUUUGAAAAAGAAAAAUCUUUCAACUUUACCACAAACACGGAAGAAUUACUGGAUUUGCCCUCAUUGAUGCCGUUUUCCUACUCCUCCGGCUCUCCAGAAUUGGCAUGAUCCGUGUCUGACUGCAGGACAGGUGAAUAGGUUGGUUGAAGAACUUUUUUACUUUUCUUUUUUUUUUUUUUUUUUUUUUUUUUUUUUUUCUUCUUUUGUUAUUUUACCAGGGAACCGUAAAAAAUGUCAAAGCCGGUAGAUCACAUCAAGAGACCCAUGAACGCCUUCAUGGUCUGGUCAAGAGGCCAGAGGAGGAAAAUGGCACAAGAGAAUCCCAAAAUGCACAAUUCAGAAAUAAGCAAAAGACUUGGCGCCGAGUGGAAGCUGCUCUCUGAAUCCGAGAAGCGACCGUACAUCGACGAGGCCAAGAGGCUGAGGGCACAACACAUGAAAGAACACCCAGACUACAAAUACAGACCCAGGCGCAAACCCAAGAACCUCCUCAAGAAGGACAGGUACGUGUUUCCUCUGCCCUACCUGGGCGACACGGAUCACCUGAAAGGAUUUCCGGUCUCAGCCACGGACUCGUUCUUAGGUUCCUCGGAAAAAAAAGCCCGUGCGUUCCUGCCACCCACAUCAGCCCCUUACUCCUUCCUCGACCCGAGCCAGUUCAGCUCCAGCGCUAUCCAGAAGAUGACAGAGAUGCCCCACACUUUGGCCACCAGCACUUUACCUUACGCAUCAUCUCUGGGAUACCAGAACGGCGCAUUCGGGAGCCUGGGUUGCCCCAGCCAGCACACCCACACCCACCCGUCGCCCACAAACCCUGGGUACGUGGUGCCGUGUAACUGCACCGCAUGGUCGGCAUCGAGUUUACAGCCGCCUGUUGCCUACAUACUCUUCCCAGGUAUGACCAAGAGUGGGAUUGACCCGUACUCAUCAGCACAUGCCGCUGCUAUGUGACUCCACCACUAAAACAGCCUCCUCUUUUGAAAACUUGAAUACAGCAAUGCAUGUACAUAAGAAGAGAGGAAUGAUCAAGACAUUUAUUCUCAGACCGUGUGGACAUGAACUUUUCACCAUCUACGAGAGGUUCCUUGGAUCCCGACUUGGAUCUUGGAAUAGAUUCCUGAAAGCAUCAUUGCUGAAGACUCGUCUAUCUCAAAUUGGAUCUGGGAUAGCAUUUGGACAGAAGAAAAGUAAACCGCAGUGCUGUUGUUUGAAGCGCCGGCCUUGAAUUUGUGGGUCCCUGAAUUCUCAUGUGAAAGAAAUGAAACGGUGAAGGAGCUGAUAAGGAAAUAUGGAAGAGAAAAGGAAUCAUGCCUCGGUGGUUUAAUGUGGGGGUCCAGUCGGGAAUGUGAUAUACACUGAGACUUUACCCCUCCGACUGAUUCAAAGAGUGUAGGAUGCAUCUCUCUCUCUCUCUCUCUCUCUCUCUCUCUCUCUCUCUCUCUCUCUCUCUGACUCUCUCUCACACACACACACACACACACACACACACACACUGAACAGUUUAAUGUACACGUAAUGCACAAACCUUUUAUGAAAUAGCAAAACAUGCUAAUGCAUAGAUCAACUAGCACUUUAAAAUAUCACAAUAUCAAAUGUGCGCUGGUCUUUCUGUGUGUGUCAAAAUGUAUACUAGAACAAAAUAUGAUAAUAUUGUGAAGAAAAAAAAAAGAAUUUCCCUCUGAAAAGGAAAGUUUUUAAUAACGGUCAUGUCGUCAAUAUGAGUCACACAUGCUGGAGUGACUGUCAAGGCCGGAGGAAUGUGAAAAUACAGUCUAUUAAGAACGAGCAGCUUAAUUCUUCCAGAUUACAGACUAUAGACUACGUUUUAUAAGUGACGCUUUCAUGAUGCUUUGCUGUCAUUACCGCAUUUCUAACACAUCUGGUAACAGCACUGCAGUGUUCAUGUUACAGUGUUGUCUUGUUAAAAUUAACACAUUAUACGCUACCCAAGGAUAUAAUAAUAGUAAUAGUAAUAAUAACAAUAGUAAUAAUAAAUUAAAUUUUCUAAAUUUAACCAUAAAUUUAAAAUUGCUGCCAAGUUACAAGUUCAUGGCACCUUUUUAUUAGAAGAAAAACUGAAAAUGUGAAACUUCGAAAUCUAGCAGAAAAUAUAGGAAUCAUUGUAACAUGUUUAAAGGAUGAAAACAAUGAUUCUAAUAUAACAAUAUUUUGAAACCUUUACAGUGUGCUAAUAUUGUAACCUACCCUAGUACACUCGUACACAAUAAAACUUCCUUCACUUCAGGUAAGGAGCAAAAAAAUCCUGACAACUUUCAUAAGUUUACUUGAGGAUAGGCUACGACAUAUAACGUGUGAUGUCGAAAACAGUGUUUGGACGAAUGUAAUAAAACUUAUUAUUUUGCCAUUAAAAGUGCAAACUAUAUAUUAUACUUAAAAAAUAAAUAAAUAAAUUCUUUUUAAUGAAAUUGCAAGCCUCUGGAGUAUUUAUUCAAUUAUUUAUUUAUAUAUUUGAAACAUAACUUAAUGAAUGGCAUUCUUGGCUAAAUACAUAAAACGUUUGUGCUCUACUGUUUUACUUGUUGCAUGAAGAACUGUUGAUCUGUCAUAAUUCAUAUAAUGUUGUAACUUUAAGCCAUUUAGUGCGUAUAUAUUUAGGUUGGUGAAUUUGCCAGAGGUCAUCAAACCAAUAAGCACUGGUGAUUUAUUGAAUCAACUUCAUAUACACAUAAAAUUGAGCCUAUACCUAAUUGUGCAAUACCAGACAUUUUGCAUUUUGAUCUUGAAUAGAGCUAAAACAUAUAUGUAGAAAUAAGGUUAUGUUGUGGCUUAUAUUCUUAUUUACUUUGAAAGGAUAGUGGAAUGAUAUAACAACAUACCUGAAGAUUAUACUGUUGAUCAUUUUGUACUGUUUAACUGGGACUUGAGUUUUCAUCUGUGAUAUUUUUCUUUAGGUUACACUGUUUUGUAUAGUAUAUAAAGUCAAAGAUUUAAUGGCUGUGUUAAAAAUGUUAGUGAGCUGAUAGCAUUUGUAGCCAUCAUGGGCAUACUCCUUAAAGCUAUUCCAGCAAAAUUACUUUGUUUUGGCCAAAACCUAAAGUAGCAUAAAAUGUAUCCUUUGUGAAUAGAGUAAAGGUUUUGUUCAAGAGUGCGCACAGAGUAAAAUUCAGUUUAUUCAUUAACCAUCUUCUUUGAAUUUGCAUGCCUUUAUAUGCCAUUAGCCGACAGUAGUGCGAAAGUUGUUUUUGUAGAAAAAAUGCCUACAUGGAUAAAGCUCCUUUACUGCAAGGGAGAAAAAGACAGGUCAGGGUUGGGAAUAUUGUCACUUUUUUCCUAUAUGGUGACAAUACAGGUGGCAUACAGUGUCUUAAGGUGCUAUGGUGCAGAACAUUGCAUGUGUAUUACAGUAGACCAGGUUGGUAUGUAUAUGCAGGGAUGGGCAGUAUUUAUGAUACAUGUAUUUCAAAUACGUAUUUCAAAUACAAAAUUGUAUUUUGUAAUUUGUAUUUGAUAGGGUUGAUAAAAAUAGCUUCGUAUUUUGUAUCAAAAUACGUCAGUGUUUUGUAUUUUUGUAGUUUUAAAAUACUGUAAAAUAUUUUGUAAGAAGUCUACAUGGUGACAUCAUAAAAAUGCGGCCUCUGAUUGGUGCCUUCUCAAUAGGCUAGUUUGCUCAGACUUGUUGAGAUCAGAACAGAAAAUUGAUGCAUAUGGAAGAAGGUGGUCAAGGUAAGAAACGUGCAGGCUGCUAGCUUUCCAUCUUUUUUUUUUUUUUUUUUUUUUUUUUUGCAUAAAUUGCUUUAAUUUUUAACAUUUCAUGUUAAGGUUUGGUGUUCGUUUUAGUAGCCUAGGCUAAAUAGUUUACCAAUUAACAAUGUUCUUGAAAACUAUUAUACCGAGCAGCAGCCCCACAAUUAACGUUAGCUUGCUACUUUCAGCCUAUGUUAAGUUCAGCGGUUGUACACAAAAAAAAAUAUUAAUAAUAAUAAUAAUAAUAACAAUAAUAAUACAGUGUUUCAUUGUUGUACAACAUUACAUUUUAAUGCCACGAUAUUGUGUAAUGGUAAACUCGCGUGGAGCAGCAGCAUUUACUGUGAGCCGCUCUGAGAAACUUGUUUUGCUUAAAGGCAUCAGUAGCUAAAGAGACCUCUUCAGUGUAGUGCACAGGCUACACA